AGGGCUUGAGAUCUGUCCCUCCUUUCUCCUCUCCCUCUCUCUGCCUUCUGCAGCUAAACUUGCUGUCUCACUCAUGCUUCCUGGCUCCACUCAUAUGCACUGAGAGAGAGAGAGAGAGAGAGGGAAGAGAGUCAAAGCCGCACAUGAGGCAGCUCUGUCUAUUUUGAACCACAACAGAUUGGACUAUUUCUCUUGUAGUGUAUCCCAGAUUGUAUGUGCAAGAGCAGAGCUUUAGCUCCUUUUUAUUUUUCCCUUUUUAUUUUGGAUUAUCCUCCAUCCGGCUCUAAGUGAACCUGUGUCUGUGUGUGACAAGGAGAGUGUGUGUGUGUUUGAGUGAGUCUGUAUGUGUGUUUAAGAAAAAAAGGGGACCAGGAUGAUUGCGGCCCAGCUCCUAGCCUAUUACUUCACUGAGCUCAAGGAUGAUCAGGUUAAAAAGAUCGAUAAGUACCUGUACUCCAUGCGUUUCUCUGAUGAGACGUUACAGGACAUCACACAGCGGUUUCGGAGGGAGUUGGCCAAAGGACUGGGCAGGGACACUAAUCCCACUGCUACACUGAAGAUGCUGCCUACGUUUGUGCGAUCAAUCCCUGAUGGCUCAGAGAAGGGAGACUUCAUUGCAUUGGAUUUGGGAGGCAGUAAUUUCAGGAUCCUGCGAGUCAAAGUGAGCCAUGAGAAGAAACAGACGGUUCAGAUGGAGAGUAAGAUCUAUGACACACCAGAAGACAUCAUUCAUGGCAGUGGAGGCAGGCUGUUCGACCAUGUGGCUGAGUGUCUCGGGGACUUCAUGGAGAAACAAAACAUCAAAGACAAGAAACUUCCUGUGGGGUUUACCUUCUCCUUCCCCUGCCAGCAGACCAAACUAGAUGAGGGCUUUCUGAUCACAUGGACAAAGCGUUUCAAGGCCAACGGUGUGGAGGGAAUGGAUGUUGUCAAGCUGCUCAACAAAGCCAUUAAGAAAAGAGGAGACUAUGAUGCUGACAUCAUGGCAGUAGUGAAUGACACUGUUGGAACAAUGAUGACUUGUGGUUUUGACGACCAGCGCUGUGAAGUCGGCAUUAUCAUAGGCACAGGCACCAAUGCGUGCUACAUGGAGGAGCUGCGUCACAUCGACCUGGUGGAAGGAGACGAGGGGAGGAUGUGUGUAAACACUGAGUGGGGAGCCUUUGGAGACGACGGCAGGCUGGAGGACAUCAGGACAGAGUUUGACAGAGAGAUAGAUCGAGGCUCUCUGAAUCCCGGCAAACAGCUAUUUGAGAAGAUGGUCAGUGGUAUGUACAUGGGGGAGCUUGUUCGUCUCAUCUUGGUGAAGAUGGCCAGAGAGGGUCUACUGUUCGAGGGCAGGAUCACCCCUGAGCUGCUCACGAAGGGGAAAUUGGAGACCAAACACAUCUCAGCCAUAGAGAAGAGUAAGGAGGGGUUGAACAAAGCCAGAGAAAUUUUAAUCAAACUUGGCUUGGAGCCCUCGACUGAAGACUGUAUCGCUGUGCAACAUGUUUGUACCAUUGUGUCUUUCCGCUCUGCCAACCUGAUUGCUGCCACACUGGCAGGCAUUUUAAUUAGGCUGAAGGAAAACAAAGGAGUGGCACGGCUGCGAACGACUGUAGGCAUCGAUGGAUCUCUUUACAAGAUGCAUCCACAAUAUGCUCGCCGUCUUCAUAAGACAGUCCGUCGCUUGGUCCCAGACUCUGAUGUACGGUUCCUCUUAUCAGAGAGUGGAAGUGGAAAAGGAGCAGCCAUGGUGACAGCAGUGGCCUACAGACUUGCUGACCAAUCAAAACAGAUCGCUGAAACACUCACUGAAUUCAGGCUGACAAAAGAACAGCUGCUUGAGGUAAAGGACAGAAUGAGGAUAGAGAUCAUAAACGGCCUCUCAAAGAGCACUCAUGAUUCUGCUACAGUGAAAAUGCUACCAACCUAUGUACAGAGUACUCCUGAUGGCACAGAGAAUGGCGAUUUCCUGGCUUUGGAUUUAGGAGGAACAAACUUCCGAGUUCUGUUGGUAAAGAUUCGUUCUGGCAAGAGGAGAACAGUGGAGAUGCACAACAAGAUCUACGCUAUUCCUCUAGAAGUGAUGCAGGGCACAGGAGAGGAGUUGUUUGAUCACAUCGUGCAGUGUAUCAGUGACUUCCUGGACUACAUGGGGAUGAAGAACACUCGUCUUCCUUUGGGCUUCACGUUCUCAUUCCCGUGCAAACAGACCAGCCUGGACGCUGGCAUCCUACUGACCUGGACAAAAGGCUUCAAGGCGACGGACUGUGAAGGAGAAGAUGUGGUGGGUCUGUUGAGAGAAGCCAUUAAGAGGAGAGAGGAGUUUGACCUGGAUGUUGUGGCUGUAGUGAAUGACACAGUGGGAACCAUGAUGACCUGUGCCUAUGAAGAACCCACCUGCGAGAUUGGACUCAUUGCCGGCACUGGCAGUAAUGCGUGUUAUAUGGAGGAGAUGAGGAACGUUGAGAUGAUUGAGGGUGAUGAGGGGAAGAUGUGUGUCAACAUGGAGUGGGGGGCUUUCGGAGACAAUGGAUGCCUUGACGACAUAAGAACCGAGUACGACCGCGCUGUGGAUGAUUUCUCCCUCAAUCCAGGCAAACAAAGAUAUGAGAAAAUGUGCAGUGGCAUGUAUCUUGGUGAGAUUGUGAGGAACAUCCUGAUAGAUUUGACCAAGAGAGGAUUCCUGUUCAGAGGACAGAUUUCUGAAACACUGAAGACCAGAGGCAUCUUUGAAACAAAGUUCCUCUCACAGAUAGAAAGUGACAGAUUGGCUCUGCUGCAGGUGAGAUCCAUCCUGCAACAUUUAGGCCUGGACAGCACCUGUGAUGACAGUAUCAUAGUAAAAGAGGUAUGUGGAGCCGUGUCCCAUCGUGCAGCCCAGCUAUGUGGGGCAGGAAUGGCGGCUGUGGUGGAUAAGAUCAGAGAGAACCGAGGACUGGACCAUUUGAACAUCACUGUGGGGGUGGACGGGACUCUCUACAAACUGCAUCCCCAUUUCUCCGGGAUCAUGCACCAGACGGUAAAUGAACUGGCUCCUAAAUGUAAGGUCAACUUCCUGCUGUCAGAGGAUGGCAGUGGGAAAGGAGCAGCACUCAUCACAGCUGUGGGCUGCCGGCUGAGGCAGGAGCUGAACAACAAAUAGAAGAUGAUUCCUCAGUCUCUGUUAUCUCCUCUCUUGUCUACGUUCCCCCUCUCUCCACCUGCUCUCUCCUUCCCUCUCUUUGUUCUUUCUCCUCUCGUCCUGAAUCUCACCAGUCUCGUCGAAGCAUUGCACUCCAGGAACUGCUUUUGGUUCAGGUAGCUUUCUCUGCUGUGUAGCACACAGGUGCAGUGUUGUUGCUAAAUUUUGAUUGAUUAACCAAUGUAAUAAUACCAAGAAUCGUAUGUUGUUGUUUUAUGAUUUGUGGGAUGACAUUUAGUAAGAUGAAGCACACACAUUUAGCUCCUGUAAAUAUGUAGCAGGGUAGAAAACUAGCACACACUCUAGUAAUGCUCCCAUGAGCUGUUUAUUAGCGCCAUCUGAAGGAUUCCUUUAAUAACUGCAGUCUAUUACAACUUGCAGUUUUAAUGCAAAUUAACAAAAGCAGAACUACAUUUAUUCUUGUAACAUGCUCAGUAGAGACAGGGACAAAAAAUACUGUUUCAGACCAAAGUCACCAAAACGUGUGCUGUAUGCUCCUCACUGUCUGCACUACUAGACAUAAAAAACUAUAUAUUAGGUGGAAUAUAAAUAUGUAAUAACAUAAAAAGGGAAUAUUUUUGCUUUUGAAUUUUAAUAUCCAUCCCAUAUAUAAAAAAAUGUAAUAAAUGAAUUGUUGCUAUUUAUUUUAUUUUUAUAUUGGGAGAUGUUGAAAAAUAUUGUUGCAAUAAGCCAUCGUCAGAGUCCUUAAAGUCUGCUCCUGUCCUGUAGAGGUUUAUCAAAACAAACUUCAGGGCAGAGAAGUGAUGAGAGUGGGACAUCUUCCAUGCUUGAUCUGCAGGGAACGCCAUGCCACAUGCUCGCUGAAUCUGUGCAUUUGUCCUUAUUUAUAACAGCAGUCUUAUCUACUCUACUGUAAAAUAUAUCCAAAGAACUAUUUUUGUUUUACGUAGUAGAAACCCUGCUGUUGAUAGUUAACAACACAGCUGUGGAGUUUUUGAUGUCCUAAAAAGCUCUGGUUACUCAUCUUCACAGUGAGACUAACCAGUUACUUAGGAAUGGCUGUUAAACAGGACUAUGGUGCUAACGUGGAUGGGAGUGGAUCAACCAAACGAAACUGUACAAGAAAACAAUGAAAGGAGCUGAAACCUUAGAGGGAAUCAAAUGUUUUUGCUAGUAGUCGCUCACUGUGGAGGGUGCUGACGUAAACUACUGUACUCCUUAUUCUUCAUGCAAAGUCAUAUUUAUUUUUCUCUAUACUAUCCUUAAAUAGUUGUAUUAUAACUACAACUGAUUCUUAUUGAAAGACUGGUGGAUGCACUGGUUUUCUCUUUCACUUUAGGGGCAAUCCUUUUCAAGAAAUAAAGUAGAGUUCAAGAAGUGAGCUGUGUUUUUCUUUAGGGUCAUGAUAGGGUACUGAUGAAUCGUUGAGAUGCUACUGUAUAUUUUAGUACCUGUGUUGUAGUUACAGUUACACUUCUGGCUUGUGGGGACAAGUGAGUAGCAAUCCAACCUGAAGCUAAUGCCAUUAAUAAGUUAGUUACUAACAAUGAUUGUAGACAAACUGAGUUUCCUCUGUUACUCAAACUGCCAAGAGAAAAGAGGGUCAGCCUAUCUCACAGGUCAUAAACCAACCUGCCUUUGGAUAAACCCUUGAAAUAGACAAGUAAACCACACGUCCCUCUUAAAUCUCCUCUUCUCACAAAUCUCAGAUUGUAUCUGUCCAACACUGUCGAUCAGUUGUCACAAAAAAAUAAACCUGUGUCAAUUCAA